AUGGAGUUUUUUAAAUCAGCUGUUGCCUCAGCAAUUUCCAAAGGCCCGCCAUUCCCUUACACCUUCGGCGAUCGAGUCGAUGUAGACACAAGCAUCUGGGCUUUGCACAAUGGAACCAAACGGGAAGAUGGAAGCAACUGCAGCAUAUUCUCGUUCGAUGUCACAGCGAAUAAAUCACGCCUGCCAAUGGCUAGGAACGCCGUCAAAAAGCUUCGAACUUUACGACACCCAGGGGUAAUUAAGGUGUUGGACACAGUGGAGACAGAAACAUAUAUCUACAUCGCUACAGAAAGACUCGUGCCUCUGAAGUGGCACAUAAAACGGAAGAGCAUGAGUCCGGAGACUUUGAAAUGGGGCCUGUUUGGUAUUGCUCAAACAAUCAAAUUCAUAAACGACGAUGCCUCCUCCGUACACGGCGCUCUGCGCGUCGGGUCUCUAUACACAAGUGAGAGUGGAGAGUGGAAGGUUGGAGGUUUCGAGGUUUUAAGCAGCAUGAAGGACGACGAGGCGAUAAUAUACAAUUACGGAAGUCUUGUUCCUGACGCCGGACGAUACACACCACCAGAGUGUGCGAAAUCUGGGUGGGAGACAAUAAAGAAGAAUCCUAUACAUGCGGUCGAUGCCUACAACUUUGGCACUUUAAUAUCCGAGGUUUUUAAUGGGGAAUUCCUGGGCAGUGACCAGGCAGGACAGACAAAGGGGGUCCCUCCAGCCAUGGUUGCGAGUUACAGAAAAUUAGUCAAUACCAACCCUAAAGCCAGAGCCAGUGUCGGCAACUUUCUUGAACAGGGUCGCCGAAAUGGGGGGUUCUUCGAGACGCCACUCAUCAAGCUGACGGAUAGUAUGGAUAAUCUUGGGAUGAAGAGUGAGGAAGAACGGGAAGAAUUCUUGAAUGAACUUGACCAACUAUCCGAUGACUUCCCCGAGGAUUACUUCAAGAUGAAAAUCUUGCCGGAACUUCUCAAAUCCGUGGAGUUUGGUGGCGGUGGCCCCAAAGUGUUCGGGGUUGUGAUGAAGAUAAGCAAAAAGCUCACAGACGACGAAUUUGAAUCCAAGGUCACUCCCUCUGUCGUACGCCUUUUCUCAAGCCCUGAUAGAGCCAUACGAGUCUGUCUGCUCGACAAUCUCCCUAUUAUGAUUGAUAGGCUACCACAGAAGAUUGUGAAUGACAAGAUCUUUCCGCAAAUGGUUACUGGCUUUACGGAUGUCGCACCUAUGGUCCGAGAACAGACCGUCAAGGCCGUUCUGACUAUCAUUGGAAAACUCUCUGACAGAACCGUCAACGGUGAACUAUUGAAAUAUUUGGCCAAAACCCAAAACGAUGAACAACCUGGUAUCCGAACCAAUACCACAAUCUGUCUUGGGAAGAUAGCGAAGAAUUUGGGGGUUGGCAAUAGAUCAAAGGUCCUCAUCGCUGCCUUCACACGCUCACUGAGAGAUCCGUUUGUUCAUGCACGAACUGCCGCCUUGAUGGCUCUGGGUGCAACGCUAGAUUCUUUCAGCGAGGAUGAUUGUGCCAAUAGGAUACUUCCCGCCCUCUGUCCUUGCCUGAUUGAUAAGGAGAAGCUCGUUCGGGAUCAGGCAAACAAGACCAUGGAUAUCUUUCUUCAGCGUAUUCGAAAAUUUGGUUCUACCAUGGCCGAUACCGUGCUACCUCCGCCAACCUCAAACGACAACCCUACUGCCUCAGCACCGCGGAUGGGUACACCUCAGCCCAGCGAAGCAGCUUCCUGGACUGGGUGGGCAAUAUCAUCCUUUACAAACAAAGUUUCAACGGCAACUGGUGAAAUACAGGCAUCAUCAAAUGGUGCACCCGCUGCUGCUACCCGUUCCAAUUCCUCGCCUGUAAUUGAUUCGCGACGAGCAAACACUGUGCCAGUGACAGCGACAGCGACAGCAUCUGCAUCGAGCUUGCACCGUCAAGCAGUUACAUCUCCUCCGGCAACAUCGGCUCGUACUUCUACGUCUUCGAACGCAAAUGAUUACUUCCCAGAAGCGAAUGCUGACGGAGACUUCGACGACACUUGGGGUAACAUGGAAGAGGACACAUUCUUCGACUCUCCGAGUGAAACUCCAUUAACCACCACGAAACCUACUCCCAAGCCUACCACAAAGGCUACUCCAAAGCCUGUUACAAAACCUUCCGCAAUCCCCUUUGAAGACGAUGGCGAGCCCGACUUCGCUGGCUGGAUGGCAGCGCAAGCUGGCAAAAAGCCUGGAGCAAAAGCCCUACCAAAGGGGCUCGCCAAGCCGGCAACGUCAAGACCCAUAACUGGUUCUCGAACGGCAUCGACUGGGGGUAUUGGUGGUGUUGGCGCAAAGAAAGCAGCCGCGGUAAAACCUAAACCUGUGGUGGCGAAGAAGGUUGAUCCGACGCCUAAACCUGCAGCUGACGAUGAUGAUGGAUGGGGCGAUGGCUGGUAA